GAGCCCAGACCUGCGCGCGCUAGCUCGCGGCCGGAGGUCGCUGGGAGAGGCCCCGCCGGGUGUGUGUCGUCCAUGGCCGCCGCCUUGCUCAGCCGGGCCGGGGGCCCCCUGCGCGGAGCUCUGUGCGCCCGACACUGGCGGCGGUUACACACGGUCUACCAAUCGGUGGAACUGCCGGAAACGCACCAGAUGUUGCGGCAGACGUGCCGGGACUUUGCGGAGAAGGAGCUGGUCCCCAUCGCGGCCCGGGUGGACAAGGAGCACCUCUUCCCCGCGGCUCAGGUGAAGGAGAUGGGCAAGCUCGGGCUUCUGGCCAUGGAUGUGCCUGAGGAGCUAAGCGGGGCCGGCCUCGACUACCUGGCCUACGCCAUCGCCAUGGAGGAGAUCAGCCGGGGCUGCGCCUCCGCCGGCGUCAUCAUGAGCGUCAACAACUCCCUCUACCUGGGGCCCAUCCUGAAGUUUGGCUCCAAGGAGCAGAAGCAGCAGUGGAUCACCCCCUUCACUGGCGGCGACAAGAUCGGCUGCUUCGCCCUCAGCGAGCCAGGGAACGGCAGCGACGCUGGAGCCGCGUCCACCACAGCCCGGGCGGAGGGUGACACGUGGGUCCUCAACGGCACCAAAGCCUGGAUCACCAACUCCUGGGAGGCCUCGGCCACCGUGGUCUUUGCCAGCACGGACAGAGCCCUGCAGAACAAGGGUAUCAGUGCCUUCCUGGUGCCCAUGCCAACACCUGGGCUCACCCUGGGGAAGAAGGAAGACAAGUUGGGCAUCCGGGCGUCAUCCACGGCCAACCUCAUCUUCGAGGACUGUCACAUCCCCAGGGAAAACCUGCUGGGGGAGCCAGGGAUGGGCUUCAAGAUAGCCAUGCAAACCCUGGACAUGGGCCGCAUUGGCAUCGCCGCCCAGGCCUUGGGCAUCGCCCAGGCUGCCCUCGACUGUGCUGUGAAUUACGCCGAGAAUCGCAGGGCCUUUGGGGCGCCGCUCACCAAGCUGCAGGCCAUCCAGUUCAAGUUGGCAGACAUGGCCCUGGCCCUGGAGAGCGCCCGGCUGCUGACCUGGCGCGCCGCCAUGCUGAAGGAUAAUAAGAAGCCCUUCACCAAGGAGGCAGCCAUGGCCAAGCUGGCCGCAUCGGAGGCAGCCACCGCCAUCAGCCACCAGGCCAUCCAGAUCCUGGGCGGCAUGGGCUACGUGUCGGAGAUGCCGGCCGAACGGCACUACCGCGACGCCCGCAUCACCGAGAUCUACGAAGGCACCAGCGAGAUCCAGAGGCUGGUCAUCGCCGGGCAGCUGCUCAAGAGCUACCGGGGCUGAGCCAGCCAGCCAGCCAGGGCCGGGGGAGGGCUGGAGCCACUGGGCCUUAACCAGGACUCAGAGCCGGAGACCAGCUGGCGGCAGGGUGGGCCCCCCGGUCCCACCCCCCUCCAGAUCAAACCAGGCAGAAGUAAGACUCAGGGGGAGGAGAGGCGAGGCGAGGCCAGAGGCUGUGGCCUGCGUGCCGGGACAGGCCGCCUGCAGCUGUUCUUGGGCCUGGCUGCCUCUUCUCCAUUGAUAACCGACCGUGCCUCAUUUGCUUUACCUGUGGCCGCGGCCUCCUGGAGGAAGGACUGCGGGGAGGGGGCUGACACCAUGGCACCCCCAAGCCUGCUGCUUGGCAGGAAGGCCCAGGAGGAGCAGCUCUUUGCCCUGAGGUCAGGGGUCAGGAGGAGGAGUGGGGGUGGGGCCGGAGGCUUUGGCAAAGCAGCAACAGUUGUGGUCUCGGAUGCACUGGCCCCAGUCUUCAGCCGGCAGUGGGGUGGGGCCAGGGGCCAGCUAUUGAAGGCCAAGUGUGUGCAGGUGUGUGGGGACGACUGUGGCUAAUAAAGCGCGCCUGGCCCCGGGCCGCCGGGU